AUGGCUGCACAAAGCCCUGAACGUCAGCCCCCAUUGACAAUAAGUCCCGGGCUUCUUCAAUUACCUGCUGAGAUUUUGUUGUUGGUCGCAUCAUUUUUGCCAAAUCGAGAUCUCAAAUCCUUGCGCUUGGCAAGCAAACUACUAGGCGAGACGAUGCCACUGUCAUUCUCGCGCGUGUUUCUUUCAGCCAAUUCGCUGGAUAUCAAGGUUUUGCGCUCUGUAGCGAAUCAUCCAGUCUUCAGAAAGCAGGUCACCGAAACUAUUUGGGACGACGCGCGUUUUGUUUCGGCUCCAGUGUCCUGGGAGGAUUAUAAACCGUACAUCGAUCGCAGGGACUUGCAAAUCAACGACGAAGAAGGAUGUCCUAAGUGGUUCUUGUAG